AUGGCCUCCGUCGACACCUCCAUCCAUCCCCACGCCUCCGGCGCAGCGGCCGAGUUCGCCGCCCGCCACUCCGCCCCUCACGAUCUCCGACUCUACGGCGGGUGGUUCUGCCCCUUUGUGCAGCGCGCCUGGAUCGUGCUGCACGAGAAGUCCAUUCCGCACCAGUACAUCGAGGUGAACCCAUACCAAAAGGGCGCCGAGCUGCUGGCUCUCAACCCGCGCGGCCUGGUCCCCACCCUGCGUGUACCGCCCGCGCGGGGAGGAACGGAACCGCGAGCGCUCUACGAGAGCCUCGUCGUAUGCGAGUACCUAGACGAAGCGUACGGCGGCAACGACGAGGACGGACGACUACUGCCAGCGGCGGAAGCGGACCCUUUUGAGCGCGCGAGGUGCCGGUUGUGGAUCGACCACGUAUCGUCGCGCAUCGUUCCCGCCUUCUACAAGCUUCUGCAGCAUACCCCCGAAAAGACGUACUCGAUCAACGAAGCGCGCGACGCCCUCCUCGACCACAUCCAAGACUUUGCGCGCGCCAUGGCGCCCGUGGAGGAAGGGGGCGGGCCGUGGUUUCUCGGCGCGCGGUUCAGCUUGGUGGACGUGGCGUUGGCGCCGUGGGCUGCGCGCCUGUUCCUCAUCGAUCACUACAAGCCGGGCGGGCUGGAGAGGGAGAGCGUUAGGGAUACGCUGAGCGAGAGGAUCCGAUACGUGGAGGUGUAUAAGCGGUAUGCGGAGGAUAAAACGCAGUCGCUUGUGGGGAAGGCGACGAGGGAGGGGGCUCGGCUGCCGUAG